UUUGAAUUAUUUUGUAUUUGACUGACCGGAAGUACCUAGUAGUUCGACAUGUUUCAUGAUACCCCCGUUGUUUUGUAUCAAGAAAAUGCAAUGGCCGCCAUCUUCGACUCUUGUGAAUGUUUUGGUCGUAGUUUCGGACUUUGAGGCCUAUUUAUUACGUGCUAUGUAAUUAUUUGAUGGAAACAGUUUCGCUACGUCCUAGGUGUUGUUAAAUCGCUCGUAUACAGUCACAUGAAAUAAAAUUUGGGGGCCGAGGUGCACUCCAAGGCGUCAUCUCGGGUUUGACCCAAGAUGAUAGUAUAUACAGCAUGUCAGCUACAUCAGAAUACGAACCAGCGGCCCGGCAAGAUUACGGGCCGGCCACCUCCAGUGAAAAUGUCUAUCAACAUGUAUUGGAUCACAAAUUAACAGAUAUGAAUGUACCUAGUGUGAGAACUCCUGUAUUGAGGGCUGUGCCCUUUUCUCCCACUGAAGGUGAUCCUGAACCUGAUUCCACAAAUCCUGAAAGUAUCAUUCAAUCUGUGCACAAAGUAGAGAAAGAAGUUGAAUAUCACAUUGCCGACAAACAUUGUGAUACAGAUAUGUCCGUGGACUCCCUUUCAGGCAUAGUGAGGCUUGAAGAGGCCAUUGAUAAUGUAGGACGCAUAGCGUAUCCCAUAUUACAAGAAACAGAAGAUUCAAAUGAUGCUAAUUAUGUAGAAAACUCCACAACCCUUAUUCAAGCUCCACUUAAUACGGCAAUUGUUCAAAAUGUCACAAAAUUGCCUCAGAACUUUACAAUUAAUGUUGAUGCAGCAGUUGGAAACAUUACAUCUAUUCAGAAUGUACAAGAUGUGUCAGGAAACCAGACUUUGUGGCUACCCACAAUACUCGCAACCAGUGCUGCUACAAAUGACACAAAAACUGAUGAUGAUAGAACACAAGCUGGCGUGUCACAAAUCAUUAUCACCAGCGAAAGUUAUGUAAAUGACACAAAUCAAAGCGGAAGAAGAGCAAACAUUGUUACAGAGACUAACUUUAUUAGCCGACCCAAGACAUCCAAAGUUCAAAUUUUAAGUAACAUAUCUAUUCCGAAGAAUCCCAGCUACAAUCAACAAUAUAUCACUGGUAAAGAGAUGGCACCAGUAUAUGGCACACAGAAUCAUGUAUACAAGCUAAGCAACUCAGUUCUAUGUACUAAACCUCAGAAGAAUCAAUCACUGAUUGGCUGCUCCACCUUGUCACCUAAUGUUGUCAACAAUAGCCCAAUCAAGAAUGUGCCCUACAAUCAUACAUUUACAAAAAGCACAAACUUAAAUAAAACUUUGAAUAAGGUAAACAAUGGUGCUAAUUUAAAUGCUAUGGUUGCUGCCUCCUCUGGCAACACUCAAUGCCAUAUUUUAUCUCGUGUUGUCUCUGGACCCAACAAGAUGUCUGUACACUCGGGAAGAAAAUCUGUCAAUACAUUCAAGGGGUCUAAAAACUCUGGUCAAGUCUCAAGUCAGAAGAAUCAGUCGAGGCCAAUAAAAAUAAUACAACAGACUGGGUCAGCUAACAAAUCUGAAGCAAAGUCUUGGCCUGUUGCCAGUGUUACAUAUAAAAGUCAGCAGCCAAGUUAUGGAGUUGUUGACUCCAAUGCAUCAAAAAUUAUACAGAAAGUUGGUAGCCCAACACAUAAGAACCAGUCAAUGUCUUUGUCAAAAUUCCCUCCUAAAACAGAACGUUUAGUUUUACAGUCACCUUGUGGGCCUGUUUUGAUUUCAACUGCUCCAAUAAGUACGAGUUUACCCAAGGGUCCACAUUAUGUGCAAUCUGGGUCUACCCCUAAUUUACGAUAUGUUCAAACAUACGGUCCCGCAGAUAAUCCGAUUUCCACAGUAUCUCAAGUAUCAGCUAACCAGCAACUUACUGCACAAAUAUUGCAGUCAUUAUCACAGCCCAAGUUGAUGUUACAACCAAGUCCGACAUCUGUAAAUCAUAAUAUACCUACUCUACCUCCAACUCCUGAGGAACCAGUAGAGAUAAAACCUAUUAAUCAAAAAAGGAUUGUUGUGGGCGACAAAACUACUUUACUUACUGAAGAUGAUAUAAUUGGAAUGGAAGAAAGGCCAAAUCUUUCUGAGGAACUAAGAAGGUAUUCAUUCCAACCCUUAGCAUUUGUGAUGUUGGACCACACAUAUGCUCAGCCUGCUCAGAAGCAACCUUCAGCAACACCACCCUCAACACCAGUCUCAACAGGACCACCGCCUGCAAUCAUUUCACCUACAUUAACUACAUCGCCAAUGAGCCCACUGAAGCGAAAUUCACCCGUUAUCAUGUCCACCGCUUCAUACGAUAUGCCUUCGACAGUGCCUACCAGUGUUAUUGGAACACCUAUACCUGUUUCUUCUAUACAAAUGCCGACUAUGACGUAUAAGCCUCAACCGCCGCCGCCACCCGAUGACGACGCAGCUUCUGUCAUAUCUUCGGUAGACGGCGAUAGAAAAGCUAAUAGAGGUGGUAGUGACACGGAAACAGCUCCAGAAGGGGAGGAAGAAGGCAAGACGAGAUGUAUCUGCGACUUCACACACGACGACGGUUACAUGAUUUGUUGUGACCGUUGUGGUGAGUGGCAGCAUGUGGAUUGUAUGGGCAUCGACAGACAGAACAUACCGGACGCUUACAUGUGUGAACUCUGUUUGCCCAGGGCGAUAGACCGACGCCAUGCACGUGCCAUACAGUUAAGGAAAAGAGAAGAACUCAGCGCUCUUGGUGCAUCUGAUACGGACUCGUCUGAGAGCAGUAAACCUCCAGGACAGCGUCGAAAACGAUUACUUACAGUCACUACUUAUACAAACACAAGCGGAUCAUGUGUAACUACUUAUAAUUCUAAUGUACCAGUGCUUCCACCAUUGCCGCAACCUUCGUUAACAUUACCCAAGCGAGGGCCUAAAAGGCCAAAGAAAACAGAAGUCAUAAGAAAAGGCUCUAAGAGGAAACUUUCCGAAAAAAGAGUAAAACGGAAGAAGGAAAUGUUAUUGAACAGAAGUAAAUACAGUUCUGGAUUAACGAAUCAGUCACAUUUCCAAGAUUCUUAUGAACUGGCUGUUACAAACCAUUACAGCCCAGAGUUGAGAGCUAAGAUAAUGAAGUACAGCAGUAGAUUAGGUAAUACUCCCAACAUGGCGUAUGCUAUGAGUGCACAUUUAUGCACCACUGUGCCGCAUGCCGGUGGCAAGAUAUUAAUUGCUACAAAGGACUUGAAGGAAAAUACACCAGUAAUAGAAUUACGAGGCAAAUACAUGUUGUCUAACCAGCACAGACCGCAAUUACAGAAUUCGGCUCGUGCUGGUAGUCAAAAACCUGGACCUUUCGUAUUCUUCUAUAGAUUACCAAAAGAUAACACACAAAUAUGUAUAGACACAAGGACUUAUGGCAACGAAGCCAGAUUUGUUCGAAGAUCAUGUAAACCCAAUGCUGAAUUACAACACUGUAUAGUUAAAGGGACAUUACAUGUUUAUUUAGUUACGAUUGGAGUAAUUCAGUCCAACACAGAAAUAACUGUGGGGCAUGAUGCUGAUGGUAGUAAACAGCCUUGUGCUUGCGGAAACCCGAAGCACUGUAAAGUAAAUGGUCUAAAUACGUUAGCGUCUCGUAAAAGUGUCGACUAUCCGCCUAGAGAGAAAAGAAGUCGAAAUAGAUGCUUUAGUUCUUCUUCACCAGUCUCUCCACCGCACGCUCCCGCCGUUACGACACCAGUUAAAGAAUUCACUCCACAAAUUGUUCCUGUUAAAUCUGAGAAGAAAUCACCGCAACAAAUCAAACACGAGUACCCUCCUAUGUCACCCGUAAAAACAGCUGUGAUGGCCUUGAAUUUCGAUGAACCGCCUAAACCUGAACCAAUAGAAGACUUGAAACCUGAAAUAGAUCUGAUAGCUAAAGAAGAAAUGAAGCCAGAAGACAUUGACGAACCGGACUUCUAUAAGGAGGAACCCGUCGAAGAAAAGUUUGAGGGACCCGUCGAGGAAUUCAAAAAGGAACCGCCGCCAAUUGUGGAGGAACCACCGAAGCCCGUCCCCAAGAUAGAAGAGAUAGCUCUAAAGCUUGAAAACGAGACGUUUUCUGAUGACGAAAAGCCAGAAAAAGAAAAAGAAGAAGAAAAGAAACCUAAAGUAGAAGAGCCUAAAUUAGAAGAAGACAGGCCGCUGACUAGAGAGUUUAUGGCUAAGUCUGCUUGCCACGACCGCUCCUCAAGAUCAAGCCGUACGACCUGCGUCAAUCACGACUCGUUAGACGACAAGACAGAUGAUUCUCAGGAUAAAAUACAGACAAAUAGCAAAGAAAAAGAAAAGAGGAAAAUGGUGAGUUCGAAAAACUCAAAUGAAAGUCUGCCUCCUAGCCUUGGGACUAGAACGUCUUCUAAACCUGCAUCUAAAUUACAGACGCGCGAGGAACGUAAGAUGGAAGCUAUUAUGAAGGCGUUUGAACGCAUGGAAAAAGCUGAACAGCGCAAACAAGAGGUUAAAGAAAGGCAAAAGAGACGAGAGUCAGAUCCUCACCCUAAUGCUAACGACAAGGAUGACGAUGAAGAAGUUCAUAACACUUCUAAAAAACGGAAAAAGCGCAAGGGUCGCGCGCGCACGACAUCGCAGUCCAACCGGCGGCGCCUGAACUCUGCGGACAGCGACAUGGUGACGUCAGGCGACGAGGCCCCGGCCGCGCCGCUGUCGCCGCCGCGCAGGGCCAGCGCGCUGCCGCUGCGCAGGGACAGCGCGCUGCCGCCGCCCAGCGAACAGCAUGAGCGGAACAACGAUACCGUCAAUGAGGAACUUGGACUGAGCUCCGCGUGCUUAUUAGUCGAAGCGGCCGUAGGAUCGGUCGAGUCUGCCUUUAAAUUACCAAAAACAAAGAAAACUAUGGCGACGGAAUGGAUCGGAAGAUCACCCGAAAGAACACCAUCGCCUUAUAGGUCACCUUACAGACCUGCCUUAGUUACUGCACCGUCCUUAGAAAGCUUGGUCAGAGUAGCGUCUACAAUAAUCGGUGAUUUAAGUGCUGGACAUGACUUAGACCAUGAGGAGGAUACUAGAUUAUCCCCGCCUAGAACACCGGGGCGAGACCGAAAUAAGCCCCCUAAGAAGGCAAAGAGAAUAACAAGAAGUACACCACCUACGGAAGUCACUGAAGUUGUCGCGCCAGUCAUACCUCAACAUAGUGCCAAGAAGAGAUGGUUGAGACAAGCUAUCAGCGAGGAGAGUGACUCUCCUUCAGCAGGUUGGUACUCAAACGUAUUUGUUUCAGAAUCGCCACCCAACGAAAUGGUCACCCCAUUGAAAAAGAGACGGUUAGCAAGAGAAUCGCUGUCUUGUGAACAGAACACAAUAGUGCCUUGUAAUGACGAAACCUCGCCUAUUUUAACAUCAGAAGACUCUCCAGUCAAAGAUGAUGUGCAAGCAUUAACGCGGCAAUAUAAAGUCAGAAAUAUUAUGGAUAGUAUUUACGGUAGAGAUAGAACUCGCUCGGACAGUGGUCAGGGUUCCGAUGACCAGUGCAAUAUGGACAAUGAAAUGUUAAACAUGAACAUCAAGGGCCCUCACGACAGUGAAAACAUUAGAAGAAUAAUAGGAGUGCCCACGCCGGAAGACGAAAUGCCACCUGAAAUAACUAAACCAGAGGACAUCAAAACAAAUAAUAACAAUGUUGAACUGGACGAAAGCAAUUACAAUAAAGUUGUGCCAAUGGAAAUAGAUACUACAAUACCAGCGCAGCCAAAAAUUCAGGAGUCUAUCGACGCUAGCAUAGACGUCAAGGGAAUUGAGAGCCCCAACGAUAAACUGAACAGCUGUCAGUCGGCAGACACGAGCGGGAACUCGUCACCCCAGCGCGAUGAGAUGGACGAUAUACAGAAAAAAAUACACUCCUUUCACACAGAAAACAUACAAAUACUUAAAAGCAGAAAUAAAAAACCUAAAGAAAAACGAAAGAAAGUCAAUCUGAACUUCGAUCUCAAUAUGGUUGACGAUCAGAUCAGUAUUCAACUUAGAACGGAAAACGACUCGAAUUCAAAGUCGAUAGAGAUCAAUGGAGACAUUCAUGACGAAAUGAGCAAUUCUGUUCAUGAUGACGUCAAACUGCAUGUAUCUCCUGAGAAUAUACCUUUACCGCCUGUCGAGUCGAUACCACUCCCCGCGCCAGAAAACAUCCCGCUACCCGAGGAGCCCAGCCCCAUGCCUGUGAUACCGCCGCCAGAGACCAUCCCAUUGCCGGAGGAGCCUAUGAAGCCGGUCAAAGCGAUACGGCCAGCAACCCCCGUAGAAAGCCCAGAGAAAGUCGACAAGCCCUUCUCAAUCGACAGGCCGUCCGUGUUAGAAAACUCAACUCUACCCUUUUCGUCGCGUUUCAGUUCGACUGGUCUCUUCUCCGGUAUUUUCAGCAAUAUGUCUCAAUCUUUUAAUAUGGACAGUUCAAUAAACGAGAACGUACCAAACAUGUCUAUAAUAAAGAGUGCAAUAGAUAGGACUACAAGUUUAGAUAGUAGUUUGUUUGACAAGGACAGUAUUACACGAGCUGACGAACUGAAGAACGUCCAAGAGAUUUUAACGCGAGUGAACAAUAUGGACUCAAAUAACAGUGUGAUAUUAUCGGGAGUGUUGAACAGUUCUAACAAGGCGAGCCUGCUGGCGCCGUCGCCCAAGCCGCUGGGCAAGCCCUACUGCCCGCGCAACAACGACCCCAGACUGAACCCUCCGCCUGUUGAAAAACCCAAACCAGUCAGAAGGAAGCUCUCUAUAACGGAGUACCGCAAGCGGCACAAAGGCGGGUGCGUGGAGGAGGGCGGCGGCGGGUCGUCGAGCGAGGCGGGCGAGGCGGGGUCGGGCGGCGAGGCGGGCGAGGCGGCGCCCGAGUGGUCGUCCGAGUCGUCGGGCGCCGCCUCGCUGUCGCCGCAGCGCCUGGACGCCGCCGCGCAGGCCGCCGCCGACGAGCUCGAGCAGCGACUGCAUCGCGAGCUCGCAGCCGACCACAUGCCCAAAGGUGUCUUCGACGCGCAACCAACAGCCUCGGAGCGACAACGGGAGAACCUCAGUUCGCGAUUACGGCGGGAGUUCGGCCUUGCCUUGCCCGAUGACGAAGAGGCGAGGCCGCCUACCGAAAACACCGAUGGCGCGGGCGGUGCGAAGCGGUGCGACAGGUAGUCGGCUGUGGGCUGUAGCACACUAUAAGACAUUAUUUUUGUAAAUCUCAGACGGACUUGCACCCGUCGCCUGUAUUAUAUAAUAAUUAGCAUAAAUGAACUUUUCUAUGAGUGUACGUUAGAUGCGAACGCGCAUAUUGUAUAUUUCCGUUUCACUUCUACGUUUUUAAUUUCCACGGUUUUUCUGCAAGUACAAAUUGUUUUUAUUUCCCUUUGUACAUAUUGUAUAUAGGAGAGUUAAGAUAUAAUAUAGGGAACCUACUCGGUAACGUAUAUAUGUAUAAUGGUAUGAAAGAUUUUUUAUAUAUGUACAAUGUUUAUGUAUCUUAUUGAUAAAUUUAUUUAUUAUCGAUUUAUUCGAUAGUGCGUUUAGGGAACGACGGCUAGGAUUUUUGUACGCAUAAUGUUUAAGUAAAUUAUAGUUGUUUUUAUUAUUUGUUUUAUGUUUUUUUUUCUAGCAUAUAUAGGGGGUCCGAGGGCUCGUCCUAGUUGUAGGUCUCUUGUUAGUGUUAGAGGUUUCACGUGUAAUUUAGAGUCGUUUCGAUACAGAUACGCAUUAGCCAUUUCUAGAGGUUAAAUCUGUGUUAUAAUUUAAGUGGAGCGUAUUUGUUGUGCAAAGAUUGUUUCUUUGGUCCAUCAUCACAAGGGCGAUUGUUAAGGCAGCUGGGUAACAGUGUUCUGUUACUGCGACACCACUCUGCGGCCGGAGCUCGGCAGAGUUCACAGCGAAUAUAUAUUGGUUACGUUUCAAGUAUUAUACGUGGACUGGACGUCCAUAAACAAAAAAUAAAUUAUUUUAAAUUAGUCAGCAGCAAAGUGGUGUCGUAGGUACAGACUUAGUGUAGCAUGGCUUUGGAAUCCUAAUAGGAUAGAAGAGGUCGUGAAUAAAUGACUGACAUGAAUUGCAAUCACAUUAGUACUAAUAAAUAUACCUGUUUU